AUGAUAGAGGAGACUGCAAGACCAAACCCAUCAAAUAUCGAUCCACCUCAUAUACUUCAAGCACCAGAAUGUGUUCACGUACAAGAGACUUCAGUAUCUUCUCGAUCCAUUAUCGACUUGUCCUCUAUGCCAGUAGAAAUCAAAGAAUUGAUUGUCGACUGGGUUCGUCGUCUUUCAGAAAGCACCGAUGACUCAGCCGCUGUCCGAUCGCUCGCAUUAGUCAACCGUUUGUUUUACGAAAUAUGUUGUCGCCACCUCUUUAAGGCAAGUUUCUCUGUUGUCAAGGAUGUGAUUAAUCUCAAAGUUGAGCCAGUCAAACAUUUACUCCGCGAACUGCCGAAUUUUCAAACACACUCGAAGCACUUAAGGUUGUUUGUGUGGAGGGUCUCAUAUGCAGAAUUAUUGGAAGAUGACAUGUUCAUUGAAGGGCAGCCAGACACCUGGAAUGAAGACACACGAUCACAGUGGGAUUCAAAGGCUCGAUCUGAACUCUUCCUCUCGAUCUUACACACUUGUCCUCGAAUCGACGGACUUAAUAUCGAUCUAGACCCAUUUGAAUGUAUCACUGAGGAUUCUAGUUCAGACAAAGAAGUUUCAAUGUGGUGUUAUGACAAGAACAUGAUGAAUAAGUUUAUCGGACCUAUCACUCAACUCUCAUCACUUGUCGACCUUGAACUCAUGUCACCUUUGGGCGUCUUGCACGCUUUCACCAAACUCUUUACAUCUACUUUAAAGGAAUUUCGCUUGAACGCUGUAGCUCAACAUGCAGAUUUGAAUACUGAUUUGAUCUCACAGGCUAUCCUAGCUGGAAAGCUCGUCUUCGAAUUACCCAAACUCAAUGCCUUGCAAGUAUCCAACUGUCUUGACAUGCAAUUGUUAAAGUCCUUUGAGGCUUCGAAGAAUUUAUCCGAAAUCGAUUUAUAUGAAACUCCAAUGUCACUUCAAUCAGAUGUAACAACAUUGCUUCAGUUAUGGCCUAAGCUGAAAGAGUUAACUAUUUGGCAUUCAACAGCUUUCAAAUCGGCGCCUGAUGUGGAUAGAUUGAUGCAGUUGGCUGACAAAAAAGGAAUCAAGAUGCGUCUUGAGAGUAAUCUCAAUGAUUACUACUACGACAAGUUAACUUGGUGA